AUGAAUGAGAAGAUUGACACCCAACUUAACCAUGCCACCAUCAUCCAACCCACGGCAAUCCAAAUCAAAGCCACCAUGCAAGACAUAAUUGACCACACCAACAUCAUUGACGCUUACCGACACAUCGAACCAGACCAAAUCAACUAUACCAAUCAUCAUUACAAACUGAACAGAAGAAUUGAUAGAAUAUAUAUAAGUCAACAUUUACACCAUCGAUUACAUUCAUUUCAAAUUCAUCGAAAAAUUCUUCAAUCUACCCAUGACGGAACAUCAAUCACCAUUACCCCGAUUGCCGAUCUUGCAAUUCAGAUCGGUCCAAAGCCAUUUGUAUACAAUGAUGAAUUAUUGCAACUACCCAUCCCAAAUACCUUUUUAAACUCAAUCAUUUCAAGAAACCUAGAUGAAUUCAUUCUACGUGGAAUAAAUUACGGUAUUUCAAUGAAUAAAUUACAAUACAAAUUACAUAGAACACAAUCACCCCUCUCUCUACGUUUACAAAUCAAUGAGACUACCAACCAAAUAUACAAAACUCUUAAUAAUGAAUUCAAAGGUCAUAUACAUACCAAACAAUAUAUAUCACACAUGAGCAAUGAAGACAACACAAUCACCACCACCACAACUCACAAAAUGCUCGAUAUUGCAUAUGACUACUUCAAGAAACUUUAUAAUCAACCACUUACACACUUUUCGCCCGAAUACAUUGACCAAUUUCUAGAAAACUUCCCUAUCACAUUAGACACUGAUGAUCAACUCGAACUUGAGCGUCCAAUAGAAGCAGAUGAAAUAUAUCAAGCGUUACAACGUAUUGAUAACAAAAAAAGCCCAGGACCAGAUGGACUAACUGUCAAUUUUUAUAAAACACACUGGGGUUCCAUAGGACAUUUUAUUGAAAAAGAAAUCAAUGACAUCAUGAAUACAGGGAUAUUACCCUACCACCUCCGGGAAGUACUUAUCAGAAUUAUCCCAAAAACCAAGAAAAAAACUGAUACAAUUGAUAAUUUUAGACCAAUAGCUCUAACGAAUAUCUUAACUAGAGUUAUUUCUAAUGUUAUCAAUUGCAGAUUUACUAAACACCAUGAUAAGCUUGUUCAAAGCCCGCAACGAGGAUUCAUGAAUGAAAGACAAAUAGAUGAAAAUCUCAUGGAAUUCUACAACAUAAUUGAUCUUACUUUAAAAUACCCAUCCCCAAAUUUACAAUUAUUAAUGUUAGACUUGAACAAAGCUUUUGAUCGAAUUGAUCACAUGUACAUCAAAAAAUUACUCAUCCACAUAGGCAUUGGACCAAAAAUGAGAAGAUUAAUCCUAAGCACUGUUACACAAUUGAAGGCUUCCAUCAAAAUAAAUAACUUCAACUCACCACUGUUUCAAAUCAAUAUUGGAAUCCUCCAGGGUCUCUCCUUUAGCCCUGUUCUUUUUAAUAUAUGCCUUGAACCCUUCUUACACAAAAUUAGUCAGGUCACUCAAGGAUAUUAUCUUGAAUUCCACCAUAGGACCAAAAUCCAAAUAAAAUAUCAGGCCUUCGCUGAUGAUAUUAACAUUUAUAUGAAUAACCUAGAAGAACAACAAAACAUUGCUACAGAAAUCAAAAAAUUUGAGAGAGCCACUAACAGUUUAAUAAGCAGAGAGAAAACCACCAUAUAUUAUUAUGAUACUUAUGCACCCCGAAGAAUAUUACCUUAUCAACAAUCUGACAUCCAUGACUCGGAACUAACAUACUUAGGAAUACCAAUACAAGGAACAAAUUGGCCAAAGUUCUUGAAUUAUUUAAACUAUUACAUAUCCAAGAGUUUAGUGCGAGAAUGGCCUAUAUCAUAUUCAACUACAGCAAUUAAUCUGUAUAUAUACUCCAAGAUUUAUUAUCGAGAAUUCCAUGACCCAAUGCCAUUAGAUGCAUUAGAAUCAUUUAGAAAAAAGAUUGACAGAAAAUUUUAUGGUAUCCGUUGGUCUACACUAACAAACCGCCCAGAAUUAGGUGGUUACGGAUUACUAGAAUUAUCCCAUCAAUUAAAAGGACGAAAAGCUGCCUUAAUAUACAAAAUAUUAACAGCUAAAGAACCAUCACCCACUACAUUAUUAUGGCGAAUCAAAAUCCAUCAAGCUACCUGCGACAUCCUAACUACAGAAUUAACACUGCUACUGUCUGAACUACAUCAAAUAAUUCCUUGGUAUGACAUACUAUUAGGGCUACGAAUCCCUACACAAACACCUCAUGCCAGAGAAUUUUACGGCUAUUUCAUACAUCAUGAUAGUUUUACACGAGCUGAAAAAUCCAUACUAUCUGCCUGGUUUGAAUUGACAUACCCACUUCACCCAUCAACCCAAACUAACAUUUUACCCGUUAAUGACGAACAACUUGCUAACAUACUACACCAAACACCUUCGGAAGAAAAAAUCAAUUUCCUCAUCAAAGACAUCAACGAUGAACAAUUGACCGGAAGCAACUUCCUUUCAAUCUCGACCAAGACAAUCCUUAAAAAGAAUGAAAUUGAAGCGGAUCCACGACUUAGCUACCAAUUCCAUCUUACCACACAUGACUGGCAACAAUACUGGUUUAAUCAAAAAAGACUAAAACACAAAUAUCCAGGAAAGCUAGAAGAACUUCAUCGGAUCCACCUAGGACAUCGCUCCCAUCUUGGCUCUACAGCGAGCACUCAUCCCAUACCACACUACCCCAACCGACACUUACGACACUGUCUUUUAUGUCUCAACACAACCAUCAUCACUCCCGAUCUCCACCACAUCUAUCAAGACUGCCCUGUCACUAGUGAACUUUGGACGACAUAUUCCUCCGGAAAUUAUACACUCGAAGCCAUUAUUGGCCAGCACCACCACCCCGACCAUACCUACCUCAUCAUAGACCGGUUUUUUCAAAUCAUAACGAAACUAUGGUUCCGACCACGAUAUAGUAAGUCUGAGCUUCGUCCAGUGACUGAAGCACAACUUAUAUUAUUAUCUCGGUCUUUCACUCAAAUGUGA